GGGGUCUUGCCUUGUUUCAUCCGGAACGGCUCCGGUCGCUCUCCCGGCGACUGUACUUAAAACCACGGACGCGGCUUCUCCCCAGGGCGUUCCUUGGAUGGAGUCCGCGGGAGCGCAUCUGAUAACAGCUCUUGCAUCCCAGUCGAGGACCUUCUGAUGUUCCCUGCUGACUGGAGCCUUCAUCCUUCCCCAGAAUGCCCUUUCCGGCCAGCACCACUGAGCGCAGCUCUGAAGACACCAUGGCUUCAGCGCCUGAGGAUUCCCAGCAAGUCCUUUCCAUCGACCAGAUUUGUGCCAUCCGUGCCACCAAUGACUACGUGGAGAGACCUGCCUCAUCCAAGCAAGCUCCCUCCACUCCAUCCCAGUCGCAAGCAGCCCACAAGCAGGAGGUGGCUCAGGAACGCCUGGUGCCCACCACCAUCCAGGACCUUCAGCCUGGCCAGCCACCCCUCCUGCAGCCUCUGAGCCAUUCCAGCACUGCCAGCUCCAUCUCCCACAGCACCACAGCCUCAGAGCAGAGGCUCAUCACACCAUCGCACUCUAGGCACUCGCUUGUCCGGAAUCAGCCCCAAGCAGGCGACCCAAAGCCUGAGGAGCUGCGGAAGGGGACAUCUGAGAAGCCUCGUGCUGCCCAUGCUGGCCACCUCUUCAUCUGCGAGGAAUGCGGCCGCUGCAAGUGUGCCCGCUGCAUGGCGACACGCAGCUUGCCCUCUUGCUGGCUUUGCAACAAGCGCUGCUUCUGCUCACCAGAGAACCUCAUUGACUAUGGGACUUGCCUCUGCUGUGUCAAGGGCAUUUUCUACCACUGCUCCUCAGAUGAUGAGGACACCUGUGCCGAUGACCCCUGCUCUUGUGGCCCGGGAUCCUGCUGUGCCCGCUGGGCUGCCAUGAGUUUCCUCUCUUUGUUCAUGCCCUGCCUGUGCUGUUACUUUCCCACCUUGGGGUGCCUCAAACUUUGCCAGUGGGGUUACGAUGCCUUUAAGCGGCCUGGUUGUCGCUGCCAGAACCACACCAAUACUGUCUGCAGGAAGAUCUCCACCACAACCAGUGGAGCCACUCUCCCUAAGACUUUGGACAAGCCAGUAUAACUUCCCACAGGAAGUGGGCAGGGGGGGGAGGGGGGAACACCUGGCUGUUCUUCAUCAUUGUGUUGUUCCUUCAGGUUCCCCUACUGGAAUCUUACAGCUUGGGAACAAAGCAAUGAUGGAAUAGCCAGCCAGCUAUGCAAGCUCCCUUUGGAGCUUGUUCCAUGAUAGAUAUAAAUUGUCCCUGUGAGCAAGAUUAGGCUCUAGGGCUUUUAAUGUGUCCUCAACAUUGGACAAGUAGAGUGGGAAGCUGAGGCAUGCACUAAAUCAGCAUGGUUGGUGGUGGUGGAUGGGGGGGGGAGGGUGUAGUUUUGCUAUAGGAUGGCUCAGGAUUCUGACCUCCAGAAUGCCUUAUGAGUUGCUCUCCUGUGGUGGGUUUUAAAAACAAAACAAAACCAGAAAGCAAAAGGGUAUUUCACCCAAGCACUAUGAUAGCCUGAGAAACAGUCUAUUGUAAAAACAAAACAAAAAACAAAACCCAUUAUUUUUUCACUUCUGGUACCCAUCCCUAUGGCUUGUAUUCUGCUCCUUCUGCCAUGCACAAUUUGCAGAUGGGGGAGAGGCUAGCAAAACUGUAGCAAAUGCAAGGUCGCUGGGCCAAGUGUGGGAUGGGCACCUUCGGUAGUUCCUGGCUGGGGAGAUGCAAAACUGUUGAGGGUUGAUAGCCUCCCUAAAAGGAGGAGAAAGCCCAAAAGCUUAUGUGUCUUUUUUUAAAAGGAAGGAAGGAAGGAAGAUUGGUUCACCAAUUUAGGGUAAAACCUCUUUACUUUUUGUAGGCGUGGCAAAAGUUGGAAUCAUCAUUCACUGUAGCAACAAAGGGGUAGUUUAAAGAGUCUUGCUAGCCUAAAACAAAGCAAGCCCUCAAUCUCCAUUUCCUCCUAAGCUUAUCUGGUACCAGAUACCAUGGGCAGUCACUGUGAGUUUAAAGCCAGAAGUGACUCCUGUGGCUGAUCUUAAACUGCAAGGCAUUUCUGGUGUCUUGCAGACAAAAGUCACUUCUAUGGUUGAUGUAUCCUUUCUCCCAUCUCUUCAAGAGCAGAGGCCUUCUCAACCCAGUCAGAUGGCCAGAGUACAAGAAGUAUAUUAUUAUUAUUAUCAUUAUUUUAAAAUUUAGCACCCACGACACAGUUUCUCUUUGAAACAGUGAGUGUUGUUGUUGUUUGGUUUUUUUUUUAAAAAAAAACUCAAGGGAAAAGAGUUAUGGUUUCCUUUGCCUGAAAACCUUAGCUUUCAGUUAGGUAUAUCCUGCAAUUUGAAUAGAGGGCGGGACAUAUGCAGUGCAAUGGGUUAUGUUUGUCAUUGACUCCUCCCUGCCUAACCCAAAGCACUUUGGUUCCACUUGAGUACAGAAGGAUGAUGUAGGUAUGGCUCAGAAAGUUUUAUGCUAUGACUUUUAGGAGAGACUGACCCAGGAGCUAAGGAGCAGACAUUGUGUGCAGGAGGUUCCAUACUUGGCACCUCCAGGAAGGGCUUGGGAAGGCUCCUGUGUGAAACUUGGAAGAUGUGCUGCCUGUCAAUGCAGAUAGCACUUUGCUGGCUGGAUGGCUGAUCUGAUGAGGUAUGAAGAAGGUGUGAUAGCUCAAAGCAUUAUAUAUACCUUUUCAGGUAGCAGGCAAACCUGUGGGUUAUAUCCAA